GUUCGGUGAUACUCGGAUCUGGUCGGGUUUCAGAACGGCAACAUAAGAGAUCGAAUCAUAAUGGCGGUUCAACAAACAUUCAGUCUACGCAUUCUGUGCUUGAACCAGUGCUGUUCAGGUCGCGCUAGUGACGACACGUAAUCGCGGUUAACUAUCGUAAUUUAAUUUCGGUAUCGGUCCGUAUCAAAACAUAAAGUGUCGAAUAGAAGUGAAGAAUCCGAGUGUACAGUGUGUGGUUAUGUGGCGGCGAGUGAUAUGACAGCGUGCGCCGCCAGACGGACUCCGGCCGUCUUCAUGAGGAUACUGGUGACAAACCUGGCCCCGAGAUCAUGGUGGCUCCCGAUUCCGAGGCUCCUUCGAAUCCUCGGAUAACAACUGUCAACGAGAGCCCCUCGGCCGCUGAGGCGCGCCACAGCACCGACCUGUACAUACGAACCAGCUGGGUGGACGCAGCGCUAGCACUCUCCGAACUCGAAAAGGGAAACAUCGAGGGGGGGCGGACCUCACUCUGGAUCCGGGCGUGGCUGCAGGAGCAGCUGUUCAUCCUCGGCUGCUUCCUCCAGGGGGACGCCGGCAAGGUCCUAUUCGUCGCCAUUCUCGUCCUCUCCACCUUUUGCGUCGGGCUCAAGUCCGCGCAGAUCCACUCGCGAGUCGACCAACUCUGGGUUCAAGAGGGUGGCAGAUUAGAAGCUGAGUUGAAGUACACAGCCAAAGCCCUGGGAGAAGCGGACUCAUCGACUCAUCAGUUAAUCAUUCAGACCGCGAAGGACCCAGACGCCUCUUUGUUACACGCAGGCGCAUUGCUGGACCAUCUAAAGGUAGUCCACGCAGCGACCCGCGUCACAGUGUACAUGUAUGAUAUUGAGUGGAGGCUCAAAGACCUCUGCUAUAGUCCUAGUAUACCUGACUUCGAAGCUUACCACAUAGAGAAGAUCUUCGACAACAUUAUCCCGUGUGCCAUCAUCACCCCACUUGACUGCUUUUGGGAGGGAUCCAAGUUGCUUGGACCCGACUAUCCUAUUUUUGUUCCUGGUUUAAAGAACAAGUUCCAAUGGACGCAUUUAAACCCACUAGAAGUUUUAGACGAAGUGAGGACACUGAAGUUCCAGUUUCCUCUCAGUACCAUGGAAGCUUACAUGAAGAGAGCCGGCAUUACCUCGGCCUACAUGAAGAAGCCAUGCUUGGAUCCCACCGACUCACAGUGCCCAAACUCGGCUCCCAACAAGAAAUCAGGCCAAAUACCAGAUGUAGCAGCGGAGCUAUCGCACGGUUGCUACGGUUUCGCGGCAGCCUAUAUGCAUUGGCCAGAGCAGCUGAUCGUCGGAGGUGCCACCAGGAACACCACAUCAGUGUUACGCAGUGCGCGCGCGCUGCAGACUGUGGUGCAGCUGAUGGGCGCGCGAGAGAUGUUCGAAUACUGGGCCGACAACUACAAAGUACACCAUGUCGGCUGGAAUCAAGAAAAGGCAGCCGCCAUCCUCGAUGCAUGGCAGAGGAAGUUUGCGGCUGAGGUUCACAGAAUGACUGCUUCAGAAGCAGUGUCCCCUUCGUAUAGUUUCUUCCCUUUCUCCACAUCUACUCUCAAUGACAUUCUCGGCAAAUUCUCUGAACUUUCUUUGAAGAACAUCAUCAUGGGUUACAUGUUUAUGUUAAUAUACGUGGCCGUGACGUUGAUGCAAUGGCGCGACCCGGUACGGUCGCAAGCAGGAGUUGGCAUCGCCGGCGUCCUUCUGCUUUCUAUCACCGUCGCCGCUGGCUUAGGCUUUUGUGCUUUAUUAGGUAUACCAUUUAACGCUUCGAGCACACAAAUUGUGCCGUUCUUGGCACUUGGACUUGGAGUCCAGGACAUGUUCCUUCUCACUCACACCUACGUGGAGCAAGGGGGAGACGUGCCGCGGGAGGAACGCACUGGUUUGGUGCUCAAGAAGAGUGGACCAAGUGUUCUGUUAGCUUCACUUUGCAACGUCAUGGCUUUCCUUGCUGCUGCGUUACUGCCUAUUCCAGCAUUACGGGUCUUUAGUUUACAGGCGGCUAUCUUGCUCCUGUUCAAUUUGGGCGCGAUGUUAUUAGUGUUCCCGGCGAUGAUCUCUCUGGAUCUCCGGCGGCGCUCCACCGCUCGAGCAGACCUGCUCUUCUGCUUCAUGCCUGAGAGUCCGCUGCCGAACAGGGCCAAGGUCAAUGACCGGGCGAAAACUAGAACUAUUAGGAAUAACAAGAACAACUAUAAGGAUUCAACACAACAACCGCUAGACCCCGGCGUAACUGGAGCGACCAAAAAAGAUUGCUGUUUCAGUCUAUCUCUAUCCAAAUGGGCAAAGAACCAGUACGCACCCUUCAUCAUGAAGCCCGCAGUCAAGGUAACAUCAAUGUUGGCGCUGAUCAUUGUUAUGUUGGCAAGCAUUUGGGGAGCCACAAAAGUUAAAGACGGCCUUGAUCUGACAGAUAUAGUCCCAGAAAAUACUGAUGAACACGAAUUCCUAUCACGUCAAGAAAAGUAUUUUGGAUUCUACAACAUGUACGCAGUCACGCAAGGUGAUUUUGAAUACCCUAUAAAACAAAAACUGCUGUAUGAGUAUCAUGACCAAUUUGUUAGGAUACCAAACAUAAUAAAGAAUGAUAAUGGGGGCCUCACAAAAUUCUGGCUGAGUUUAUUCAGAGACUGGCUUCUAGAUUUGCAAGCGGCAUUUGAUAAAGAAGUUGAAAAAGGCUGCAUUACUAAAGAGUGUUGGUGCAAGAAUGCGACAGACGAGAGUAUUUUGGCAUUCAAACUGAUGGUGCAGACGGGACACGUGGACAAUCCCAUCGAUAAGGCUCUCCUCACAGCUCCUGAUCAUAGGCUGGUUGAUAAAGAUGGUAUUAUAAAUCCAAAGGCGUUUUAUAACUACUUAUCAGCUUGGGCGACCAACGACGCUUUGGCUUACGGAGCAUCCCAAGGGAAUUUGAAACCGCAACCGAAAAGAUGGACUCAUUCGCCUGAAGAUGUGGAUUUGAAGAUACCAAAGUCAUCCCCUCUCAUGUACACGCAGCUCCCGUUCUACUUGGCCGGCCUCAGUGAUACAGAAAGCAUCAAGACGCUGAUCAUGUCGGUCCGGGAGCUCUGUCUGAAGUUCGAAGCGCAGGGAUUGUCUAAUUUCCCGUCUGGUAUUCCCUUCCUGUUCUGGGAGCAAUACUUGUAUCUCCGAACAUCUCUGCUCCUUGCUCUUGCCUGUGCUCUUGCUGCUGUAUUCGUGGCUGUAAUGAUACUCCUCCUGAACGCGUGGGCAGCGCUCCUCGUGACGUUGUCUCUAGCGAUGUUAGUACUCCAGUUGUUGGGAACCAUGGCGCUGCUGGACGUCAAGCUGUCUGCAGUGCCAGCGGUGUUACUGGUGCUGGCUAUUGGAAGAGGGGUUCAUUUCACCGUGCAUAUUUGUUUGGCGUUUGUGACCUCUAUCGGCUGCCGGCGCCGUCGCGCGGCGCUGGCUCUAGAGUCAGUGCUGGCUCCAGUAGUGCACGGCGCACUGGCCGCGGCGCUGGCUGCCUCGAUGUUGGCGACCAGUGACUUUGGAUUCGUGGCAAGGCUAUUCCUAAGGCUGUUACUAGCACUCGUCAUAUUGGGAAUCGUUGACGGAUUGUUGUUCUUCCCUAUUGUGCUGUCGAUAUUGGGACCUUCGGCUGAGGUCAGACCGAUAGAAUACCCAGAGCGGUUAUCAACGCCCUCUCCCAAGAGUUCCCCCAUUCACCCUCGAAAAUCAAGCUCAAGUAACAACGGGGAUAAAUCCAGUCGGACCAGCAAAUCUGCCCCUAGACCUUGUGCUCCUUCACUCACAACGAUUACUGAAGAGCCUCCUAGUUGGCACAGUUCAGCUCCGUCGGUGCAGUCGUCUAUGCAAUCAAUUGUGGUACAACCAGAGGUGGUGGUGGAAACCACUACGUAUAAUGGAAGCGACUCUGCGUCUGGUAGAUCCACACCGACUAUGAAAUCCUCGCAUUCUGGAGCGAUUACUACUAAGGUAACGGCAACCGCUAACAUCAAGGUAGAGGUUGUCACGCCAGGAGACAGGAAGUCCAGGAGAUCGUACCACUACUAUGACCGCGACCGACGACGCGACCGCGAUGACGAUCGUGACAGGGACCGCGACCGCGACCGGGACCGGGACCGCGACAGGGACCGGGACCGCGACAGAGACCGCGAUAGGGACCGCGACAGGGAUCGCGACGACAGAUCGCGGGAACGCAGAGAUCGCUAUCGCGACGAGAGAGACCACCGCGCCUCCCCCAGAGAAAAUGGCCGCGACUCCGGACACGAGAGCGAUUCUUCCAGGCAUUGAGCGACAGCAUCAACGUACAACGACCGCCCACGUCACAGUGACAGUAGUGUAGUGUAGAUAUUUACGCUGUGUGCAUAUCAUUCGAAUGCUAUGCUUGUAUGUACGAAAAGACAUCUUUACCUAAAGUUAUCAAGUGUCGUCUAAAACCGAACGUAAAACAUGUUUUAAGGAUCGCAAUACCAUUAUAUUCAAUGCCUUAAGACAGUAUUACGAUUAAUUUUAAGUUAUCUUCAGUAAAAUAUGGAUAUUGGAGGCUACAAUUAAUCUGUUCAAUAUGAAGUGCUAUCUGAGUCGCAUUACUAUGUAUAGUUUGUAUGCGCGAUGGUACUAAAAUCAUUCCAUGGAGCUCGCCACAUUGCCAUGCAGUGUCGACAUUUUGUAGUGUGUAUGUCGGGAGUUCCAACUGUAUAGAACAAAUCUCAUUGUAAGAGUUUCAUUUGUGUAUUUUAUAUUGUGUGUUCCUAUUUUGACAAGCAUUUCCACUCGUCUCCGUGUUCUUUUGUUACAUUUUACUUCUCUAAAGACUGUGGUCAAAUUUUAUUGAUAAUUUAUCAUAUUAUUUAUUUUAUAUCUAUAAAUUUAUUAUUCUGAAACUUGAGGUCUGUGGAAAAUCUCAGAUUUAUUGUACAAAUUUAUUAGUUAGUGAUAAUAUUAGAGUAGGAAUUUAUUUAUGAGAUUACAUAGAUUUCUUAAACUGUAUUGUUGUGAUGUUUAGAUAAACUUUAAAGACUGCAUUUAACGAGCCGGUCGCAUAGUAUGCGACACACAUUGCUGUGUACAAAGAUUGAUCGAGAACUGACAGAAAUACUGACCUCAGAAAAAAAUAUGUUGUGACGUUUUGUGCAAAGUACUUAUUAGAUUGUAUUAAUUUAUACCUAUAUAACUUAACGAUAUUCUGUAAAUAUAUGGUUAGUGUAGUUUACGUGUGCGUACGCAAGUGCCUGCGCCUUCCACGGCAUGUACUCUUUGUAUGUUGUAUUUUUAUACAAUUUUAACGGACAUAUUGUCGUAAAACUAUAGGGAACGGAGCAUUUGGAUAGCUUUAGACAAGUUUUACAAUUUUGGUAACUUUAACGAUGUCUGAUAAGGUGCCUUAUAUUCCUUUAUCUAUAUAUUGUUUUUGAAACUAAUGUAUAUUUCCAAAUCUUUGGUGCGUAUUGAGAUUUUCAUCUAAAUGCAUUUUUACUUUUACAGAGUACAAUUUUCUUUAGUUUAAAAAUUUAUACCUGAUUACGUAGAUGACUAUCAAAAAUAAAUAGGUACAAUGUACUUAUUUAUCUUGUAUGAUUAUGACUAAAUUAAAACCUGAAAAAAAUCUGUCGCCUGUAUUGAAAAAUUAAAACACUAUGUAUACUGUA